AUGACUGAGUUCGUCUCUAGCAUCCUUGGAACUCUUGCGGAGAAACUAACUUCAUCGGCUGUUGAAGAAAUUCAACUGGUUUGUGGCGUCAAGGAUGAUCGAGAGAAGCUCAAGAACACGUUAGAGAUGAUCCAGACGGUGCUCGCCGAUGCUGAGCAGAAGCAAAUAAAAGACAAAGCUGUGCGCCUUUGGUUGUCGAGGCUAAAAAACUGGUGCUAUGACGCCGAGGACGCCCUAGACGAAUUCGAAGCUAGGGCUCUAUGGAGACGAGUGCGGUCCACUGAGCACUUGACCCUCAAAAGAAAGAAAACUCGAUUCAACUUGUCGACUGAUGUUCAUGAAAGGACCAUAGUUCCGCGGAGGGAAACUCAUUCUUUUGUACCCGCUUCGAAUGUGAUUGGGAGAAAUGAAGAAAAGGAAAGGAUAAUAGAGAUGUUGAGAAGAUGGGAUGAUGCUGGAGCUAGAAACAUAGAAGUCCUUCCGAUUAUUGGAAUGGGAGGUACCGGAAAGACAACUCUUGCCAAAUUGGUAUACAAUGAUGAAAGGGUAAAGGAGCAUUUCACAGAAAACAACCAAGUUUGGUUAUCCAUGCCACUAGAAUUCAAUAUGAAAAAUAUAAUAAGAGACAUCAUCAAGUCUCUUGGAGGCGGAGCAAAAUUUGAUGACUACAACCUUGACAUGUUGCAAAAUGACCUAAGAAAUCUCGUGCGGAACCGAAGGUGUUUGUUCGUAAUGGAUGAUGUGUGGGCAAUGAGUAGGAAGGAUUGGUUGGAACUGAUAGAUUUGUUAGGAGGCAUUUCUAGAGGGAGUAAAGUCAUUGUGACUUCACGGAAUCAAGUCAUCGCUGAAAUUAUGGGCAUUGUUCGCCCAGUUAAUUUGGCCAACCUUUCGCCAAAGGAUUCUUUGACUUUGUUUGUGAAGCAUGCGUUUGAACAAGGGCAAGAGAAGAAUCACCCAGACCUCAUCAAAAUCGGCAGGCAAAUCGUGAGCAAGUGCGGGGGAAAUCCUAUGGCGGUAAAGACCUUGGGGAGUUUGUUAUAUUCAAAAAACAACCAAAGCGACUGGGAAUAUGUAAGAGAUAGUGAGGUGUGGCAAUUAGAAACUGAUAUUUUACCUUCACUGAGAAUAAGCUACGAUUUAAUGCCAUCUCACUUGAAACAAUGUUUUGUUUAUUGCUCGAUAUUCCCGAAGAACUAUAUGUUCAUGAACAUUGAUUUGAUCCAACUGUGGAUCUUGAAUGGGUUUAUCCGAUCUAGUGGAAAUAAUAAGGAGGAGCUGGAAGAGAUUGGACAGCAGUACUUGGAGGAGCUGAUCUCCAGGUCCUUCUUCAAUGUUGUCGCUGUUAACGACACGUAUUUGCUCCUGGUUAUCGAAAUGCAUGACCUCAUUUAUGAACUUGCCAUUUCGGUGGCAAAAACCGAAUACUCCAACAUGAAAGAGUGGAAGCAAGAUAUUUCCCAGAUGACUCGGCAUAUAUCAUUUCCCGACCCAAUUGACGUAUCGAAAGAUGAACUUCGGGACUGCUUGAGCAAACUGAGCCGCGUUCGUACCAUCAUGUGUGAGGGGGAGUUGGGAUCCUCCGACUCUGACGCGUUCUUUUUGGAGACAUGCAUUUCGCGAUUCAAGUACUUGCGAGUGCUAUUGCUAGAGUACUCUAGCUUUGACCAACUGCCUAGUUCCAUUGGCGGUCUAAAGCAUUUGAGGUAUCUCGGUUUACGCAACAACCAGUCUAUCAAUAAACUCCCCAAAUCAGUCUGCGAGCUUUACAAUCUGCAGACCUUAGAUCUUGGCUCGUGCUAUGAACUCGAGGCAUUGCCUGCAAACAUCAAGAAUAUGAUCAACCUUCGCGUUUUGAUUAUAACCACAAAACAGCAGCGUUUCCCGGAGAGUGGAAUAGGAUGCUUGACCUCUCUGCGGUGGCUAGACAUUUUACGGUGUGAGUAUUUGGAGGCCUUAUUCGAUGAUAUCCAAUCGCUUUCGUCGCUCCGUAAAUUGCGGAUUGAAGAAUGUCCGAAGUUGGCCUCCUUACCACAAGGCAUCCAGAAUCUGAAGGCAUUGGAGCAUCUCAUGAUGGCGAAGUGCGAGAGCUUGAGGCUGCCAGAAGGCGAUAGUAAUGAACCAGGCUCCAUGUCGAGCCUUCAAACCUUGGUACUCCAGGAGCUACCGGCAUUAGUUUCGUUGCCUGGGUGGCUCGAAGGUUCUGCAAGUGCACUGCGGAUGAUAGAGAUUUCCUAUUGUCGCAAGUUGAGCGCAUUGCCUGAGUGGCUGCAAAAUUGUUCUUGUCUGACAAAACUGGAGCUUACGAGGCUUCCCGAAUUGUCCUCUCUGCCAGAUGGCGUUCGCCUCAUUCCCACAUUGAAGCUAAAGAUAUCUGAUUGCGGGGAAUUGAGCAGCUGUGGAGAAGAAGAUGAUUGCGGGGAAUUGAGCAGCUGUGGAGAAGAAGAUGAGUAA